AUGCUCUGGAAGCUCUGGAACCAAAGAUGCAGCAAGCUUCAUGCUCCUGACGACGCGCUCCCGACCACGCGCACGUUCGGUUCGUCACUUUGGACUCGUGCGAGGCGCUUCAAGUCGCUCGUGCAGCAACGUGGCGAGCACGCUGUUCUCGACACGGUGUUCCACGAGACCUCGCUUGCAGGGGCCGCGUACUUUUUGACGGCGCUGCUCGGACAGACCCGCAUUGCGGCGUCAGGUCCAAAAUGCUCGAAGAAGCUGCAUGUGCAGGCGCGGGAGCUCGCGGCACGUUUUACGUGCACAUGCGAACACCACCCUCGCGAGAUCAACCAAGCCACGGAUCCUUUGUACAAGCUCGCGCCCAAUGACGGGCGGAAUGUCCUGCUGCCGGACGAUGAACUCCUGCACGUUGAAGAGCUUAUGGCUGCCGACUUUGGACAAAUAUUCAAGACGUAA